AUGAGGUUCAAGUCAGGCCCGGUGGUAGCUUCAAUGAGAUUUUUGUGCGAUUAUAACAAGAAUUUGACACACAUGCUCCACGGUUACUUGGAAAGCGAGCCGCUCACGCUCCAGCUGUUCAUCGGCACCGCCGACGACCGCCUGCUGCGACCCCAUGCUUUCUACCAGGUCCAUCGAAUCACCGGGAAGACCGUUUCCACCACCAGCCACGAAACAAUACUUUCCAACACCAAAGUCCUGGAAAUUCCACUUCUUCCAGAGAACAACAUGAGAGCAAUCAUCGACUGUGCUGGGAUAUUAAAGCUCCGAAACUCUGACAUUGAGCUGCGCAAGGGAGAGACGGACAUCGGUCGGAAAAACACGCGCGUGCGGCUGGUCUUCAGGGUUCAUAUCCCGCAGGCCAACGGCAGGCCCCUCUCCUUGCAAGUAGCCUCCAACCCUAUCGAGUGCUCUCAGAGAUCUGCCCAAGAACUGCCUCUGGUGGAGAAGCAAAGUACCGACAGCUUUCCUGUUAUUGGAGGGAAAAAAAUGGUACUGACUGGCCAUAACUUCCUGCAAGACUCCAAAGUCAUCUUUGUGGAGAAAGCACCAG